AUGCUGCGUCUGCUGCUGCUGCUCUCUGGACUCUCAGCCGUGGUGGGCGGAGCUUCAGAGCUGCGCUUCAUCAAAGAGCCCGGUGAUGUCAUUGCGGUAAGGGACCGGCCGCUCCUAUUGGACUGCGAGGCCGAGGGGGAGGGGCCUAUCAGCGUCACCUGGAGACGUAAGGGCGUUGCAGUGGAGAGCAGCAACAGGGUUAACGUGCUUGCUAACGGCACGCUGCUUAUCAGGAAGUUCUCCAAACGUCGCCUUGACAACGAGACAGAUGCCGGCGAGUACGAGUGCGCCGUCACCAACAGCAACGGGCUGGUGCUUGUGAGCCGUCGCGCACGGGUCCGCCUGGCAUCUCUGUCCAAGUUUUUGUCGCAGCCGCAGUCUCUGGUGGUGCCUGAGGGGGGCAUGGCCCGUCUGAGCUGUCAGGUGAAUGGAGUCCCCGAGGCCAACAUCACCUGGCAACGCAACCGACAGGCGCUGCCGACAGGUGACCACAGGUACACUCUCCUUCCUGUGGGCAUCUUGCAGAUCUCGUCCGUCAGUCGCACAGAUGCAGGUUUGUUUCGCUGCGUCGCCUCAAAUGUUGCAAACACUCGACACAGCGACGAGGCACAGCUGUCGGUCACAGUCUCUGGCCCACGCUCGUACCAGGACCCUGUGAUCUUGUCCGGACCACAGAACCUCACCAUCACAGUCCACCAGACGGCUAUUUUAGAAUGUGUCGCAACUGGCAACCCUCGACCGAUUGUGUCCUGGUCUAGACUCGAUGGCAGGUCCAUUGGGGUGGAGGGGGUGCAGGUUCUUGGUUCUGGGAACUUGAUGAUCUCAGACGCCAGUGUGGACCACAGUGGAGUCUACGUGUGCUCCGCCAACCGUCCAGGCUCCCGGACGAGGAGGACCGCUCUGGGACGGCUGCAGGUCCAAGCUCCUCCAGAGUUCACCCAGUGGCCGCAGUCCCUCUCACGUUCUCCAGGGGGCAAUGCGGUCUUCACUUGUACGGCUGCAGGUGUACCUGAGCCCAGCCUUACCUGGCUCAAGAAUGGCCGUCUGUUAAAGGCUAAUGUGAAUGUGCGCAUUAGCAACAACAACUCGACUUUAGUAAUCACUCGGAUCACGGCUGAAGAUGAGGCCAUUUACCAGUGCAUUGCUGAGAACACUGCUGGAACGAAUCAGGCGAGUGCGCGGCUAGCUCUGACACAGGGCUCUGAUUUCCCUUCAUGCCCCACUCGAGUGCAGGCUAAGCCCCUCACCUCCUCCUCCAUUGAAUUGAGCUGGGACCUGCCUUCACCAACAGGGGGGGCUUCAAGUCCCAGGGACAUCAUCGGCUUUGUGGUGCACAUCCGCAAACUGGGAGAGCCAGAGAGCAAAGAGCUGCAGGAGGCCGUGUCCAGGUCAAAGUUCAAACAUCAGCUCCUAAACCUGGAGCCUGCCACAACCUACGACCUCAGAGUCCAGAGCUACAGCGGCUUGGGGGCCUGCUCCGGCUCAACCGCUAGGACAGAGAUCACCACGCUCGGGGGAGUCCCUGAGUCUCCGAGUUUCUUCACUAAGGUUUUGAACCAAACAGCAAUGCAGGUGUACUGGGACCUGCCUAAACCCGGACAGGUGCAGGGCUUCAGGGUCCUGAUCCAACAGGCGCAGAGUGGACAAGUGCAGAGUGGACAGGGGCAGAGCAGACAAGAGACACUGCCAGCGCACAUCAACACACACACCUUCUGCCACCUGGAGUCUGGAGGUGUGUACAAGGUGGAGCUUGUGGCGUUUAAUGGAAAUGGAGAUAGUUCCCCAAACAGACGCCUGGUGUCCCUGAGUGACACCAACACUACAGGUUGUGACUGCUCCCGUGGUGACCACUCCUCUCUCUUGAUUGGUCUGCACAGUGGCAUGGCCUGUGUCCUGUGCUGCCUCCUGCUGGUGCUUCUGCUGCAGCGACACAGGUCCCGCACUCUCAAACAGGAUUCGGGGAUCAGAGCCAAACCGGAGAACUCUGAGCUGAGUCAGAGAAAUCCUUUGCCACCGGUCGUUGUGUCCAUCCAAGGUCCAGCCUCGCCCCCCACCUGUAUUAGCCCCACCCCUGACCACACCCCUGACCAAGGCCGCGUUCACUAG